AUGAAACAAAACGGUUUUAACGGCUUCUUCUCCUCAGUGUUCACUGAACCAAGUAGUUCUGAACCUUCCCCUGCGCCGCUAGACGCUGAUAUCUUCCGAGAUGGUCCUCUCUAUCCACCGCUAAAGAAUCCCGUAGAUAAUCAAGACACGACCGAACUCAGCCAAAACAAUAUAGAAGAUGUAUUUAACCAAGAUAUAGAAAUAAGAAACGUGAACCUCGACGAAAGACUAGAAACAGAACCUCAGAAUGUAUUUGAAAUGUUUGACGAGAAAGACAUGAGUUAUGCUAAGAAUCCAUUUGAUUUGAAUGAUAGAGAAAACGGUUUUAUUGUAGCUCCAGGGGAGAAUUCAAAUGAAAGUAGUUUAGAUGAAGAAGCUAGGGUAGAAGAUGAUAAUGAUGAAGAAAGAGUUAAGCGGAGUAGUGAAUGGGAGAAAUCGAAGACUCGGCGAGUGAAAACCGGUGAUACAAUCCUAAAUAUUCGUGGUGCUGUCCGCGAUGCGAUUGGGGAUGCAGGUGCCGCUCCUGGACCUAGGGCUUCAUCCCGUGUGGAUGCCUUUGUGAUCAGGCCGUCGCCGGUAAUGCGAGAUGAGCCCAGAGAUCAAGUGAGAGAGGCUGAGGCUCGCAGAGAGAGGAUACAAGCGCCGCAGCCUCAGAAGCUAGAGCGUGAACUGCUUGUGGAGGCUCACACACGCGCGCGGUUACUUUGCGAUUUAGCUAACGUCACCAAUCUCAAAUGGUUUAAGGAUAAUGAGCAAGUAACGUUGGGCUCGUCCCCUGAUGGAUCUGAAGCCUACCGAGAUGGGGACGCAGUGGAGAUUGCCCGCGCGGGUCGUAACCACGCAGCAAGGUGGCGCUGUUCGGGGCGAGACAAGUCUGGGCGACCGCUGACUGGACAACCCACUAGACUGCUUAUAUAUGAACCAGUUCGUUCCGUCUAUCUGGCUGUGGAUGGGAGACGUCUGGAUGCUGGAAACACCUGGGUGCCAGUUAGGGAUAAAACUGUGCUGGAAGUUAGAUGUGUCGCUGAAGGUGGAGUACCACCACCGGAAUUAACGUGGCGCCUGUUGGCCCUCGAACCGGCGCUAGACCAUAGGCCGUAUUUACGGAUACAACCCACUAACUACUCUAUGGAUGGUAUGUACUGGUCUCGUGUGGUGGUGACUGCAGCUAGGGAGCUUCAUAAUGCAACCUUACAGUGUGAGGCAAAACAACGAAAACCGGGGAAAGACAAUACAACCAAACAUUACGAUGUUAUGACUGCUAAGUUGGAAGUUCAUGUCACUUAUCCACCAUCUUUCGUAAUAUCUCGCUGGCCUGGGUUCGGUGUGUCCCUGUGGGCGGGCAGUCCAGCCGCCCUUCGCUGUGACGUGGAUUCCAAUCCUCCCGCUCGCCCACUUUGGACAAGGGACAGUGAUAUUCCGCUGCCUCAAAGUUCUCCUGCACCAACGGACAGCGCGGCUGGUUCGGCAACCCUACGUUGGGCGCGAUUACAGCCAUCCCAUGGUGGAUGGUACCAAUGCCGAGCGACAUGGCUUAACACAGAGUACUCGUCCAUCGGAUACUACCUUAAUGUGCUUUCCCCCGAUGAAUCAAUUCAAACGUCAACGGAGUCAGAUGAGGAGCCUGUACAUCAGAAAGUCGAGGUGCCGCUCGGGGGAAACGUUCAGCUUCAUUGUCCCAAAGGUAGUGUCGGUUGUUGGUGGCGUCGUGUAGUGGGUAACGCUAGUGAUAACUGGGCCCCGGCUGGGUCACACCACGCUCAUGGAGUGCUUGGUAUAUCAGAAGCAAUGUGGGAGGAAGGUGGCGAGUACAGAUGCGUAGGCGCACGAGCCAGUGAGCGCGCAAGGCUACGAGAACUCAAACGAGUCACACUCUCUGUUACCGGUGGAGCAACAGCAAAGAACCUUAACACUGAAGUACUAGAGAGCGGCUGGCGUUUAACUUGCGGGGUCUGUGGGCGUAAUCUUCGCGUUAGCUGGGUGACAUCUGGCCGGUCCCAACCAGCCGUUCUAACCCCAGAUUUGGCCCAGCAUUGCUGGCUUGCUGUUCUUAUAACACCCGACCCAGAAGAGGUCUGGUGUGUUGCUGUCUCGUCUAACGGUGGUGCUGUCGCUGUAUUUCCUAAGCGUAGCAUUGCUGCGUCACUAUCGCCAGCACGUCAUGCAGUCAGAGCCUUACAUUCAGGGAACCAUGCGAUAAAUUUGACCCCAUUUGUGUUCCUCUUAACAGUCUCCCUAUACCUUUUACAACUAAGUUACUAA